GGGCUGGACGCGCCGGGCCGGGACCCGGAGGAGGGGCGCGCGCUGUGGCGUCGGGUGUUUUGGUUUGGAUUUUUUUUUCCGCGAAAGAAGUUUGCUUUGGCCACGCCUCAAGGCGGCCGCCUCCUCCUGCCCCCUCCUCCGCCCCUCCGCGCACACCUCUAGGUGCAGAUUGCAAAGCGCCUUCCGUUGCGAGAGCUGCAGAUUUUGCAAGAGCCAGGCUCGCCCACCUUAUAGAAGGAGCGCCUUGAGUCCCCUCUCACCCUCGGUUGCAAAGAGCCGGCGGCUUGAUCUGGAUACCCCCUCGCCCAGACUGCAUGAUCUCCCGGGACCCUCUUGAGUUGCACGUUUCUGCACCGAGGACCUCAAAUCCCCGUCGCUCCUAGGAUUUGCAGCGUUCUGGAUACUGGAGGGUUGCAGGCUACACUCGCCCGCCCCUGGGCAGACACUCGUCCAAACCACUGGAGUGUGCUGGUGACUGGCAGGCCAGCCCUUCUCCUCUCCAUGAACCCGUGAGCCUGGGGGCAGGUGCCAGGCGAUGGCGCGGCCUGUGAGCGACAGGACCCCGGCCCCUCUGCUGCUGGGCGGCCCGGCCGGGACACCUCCUGGCGGGGGAGCGCUGCUUGGGCUGCGGAGCCUUCUGCAGGGGACCAGCAAGCCCAAAGAGCCGGCCAGCUGUCUCCUGAAGGAAAAGGAGCGCAAGGCGGCCCUGCCCGCAGCCACAACCCCUGGGCCAGGCCUGGAGACUGCGGGCCCGGCGGAUGCCCCGGCUGGGGCGGUGGUGGGCGGCGGGUCCCCGCGGGGGCGCCCGGGGCCGGUGCCCGCCCCAGGUCUGUUGGCGCCACUGCUAUGGGAGCGCACGCUGCCGUUCGGCGAUGUGGAGUACGUGGACCUGGACGCCUUCCUGCUGGAGCACGGGCUCCCGCCCAGCCCCCCGCCCCCCGGUGGCCCGUCGCCGGAGCCGUCGCCCGCGCGGACGCCCGCACCCUCCCCAGGGCCGGGUUCGUGCGGCUCGGCUUCCCCCCGCUCCUCUCCUGGGCACGCCCCCGCCCGGGCUGCCCUCGGGGCCGCCAGCGGCCACCGCGCAGGCCUGACCUCUCGGGACACACCCAGCCCUGUGGACCCAGACACCGUGGAGGUGCUGAUGACCUUUGAACCUGACCCAGCUGAUCUUGCCCUAUCAAGCAUUCCUGGCCAUGAGACCUUUGACCCUCGAAGACAUCGCUUCUCAGAAGAGGAACUUAAGCCCCAGCCAAUCAUGAAGAAGGCAAGGAAAAUCCAGGUGCCAGAGGAGCAGAAGGAUGAGAAAUAUUGGAGCCGGCGGUACAAGAACAACGAGGCAGCCAAGCGGUCCCGGGACGCCCGGCGGCUCAAGGAGAACCAGAUAUCGGUGCGGGCGGCCUUCCUGGAGAAGGAGAACGCCCUGCUCCGGCAGGAAGUGGUGGCCGUGCGCCAGGAGCUGUCCCACUACCGCGCCGUGCUGUCCCGAUACCAGGCCCAGCACGGGGCCCUGUGAGGCUGCCCCACAUCCCCACCUGGCGGAGCUCUCCUCCGCCUUGCUGAGACUUACGCCCUGUUCCCUUCCUGCCCUGUGGCCCACGGGCCGGCCAGCUGGGUGCCCCAGGGACGUGAUAAUGCAGAUAAAUACAUUUAUAUUUUUAAGAAAAAGCGAGCCUCCCCCCUCCCUUGCGGGGGCGGGGAGGGUCCUCUGUGUGUGUCCCCGGCACGUCAGGGACCCUAUCCUCCCACCGCCUCCGUUAACACGAUCCUGAAUAAAUCUUGAGAACCCCA